AUGAACAAAAACCACCGAGUGCCGAGCAACCGUUCUCUGAGUGCCGUGGAGGUGAAGAGCAAGGUACUUGAUGGAGACUUCAUUUUUACUUCACGCUAUGUUACUGAGCUGGCCUUUACAUUCCCGGGGAAAUGUAAUCCAGCUAAUUUAAGUUAGCUAAUGUUUCGGUUAAACGAGUGACCCUGUUAACCGCAGACUUUGAGCCGAAUGCGUCGGUGGUUGUCGUAGUUACAGGGCGCGUGAAGUUACAGCUGUUUUGACUGUGACAGUCCGAGAUGUGGGGAGUCGCCGGUUAACAGGGUCACUCGUUCAACCGAAACAUCAGCUAAGUGGCUUGAUAGCAAGUUAUCAUCAGUAAAGUUCUGUGAAGCUAUACAUGUUAUGUUCCGCUGCCUGAGGCGCUGUUAUCUCACCAUGCUAAAAAAUAAACUAAUGUAAAUCAAGAUGUAGCCUGAAUUUAAGUCGAUCAUACAGAUAGGUUGUUAGCUUGCAAGUUUGAAGGUGGUUAUUAUUGUCAGCUGACGCCGCAGUGAGAUUGUGUCACCUGUCCUCAUCCGCCGCUCCCCUGACUCUUUGACCAACAAUGAUUAAUACCCUAACACCUUAGUGUGAAGUUCUGCUUACAGUAAACACGGAAAAACUUUAUGUAAUUCCAAAGAAAUAAAUGUCAGAUUUAGCGUCCAAGUAUCUUGUUUUUUAUGUUAUACUCUUGUCUGUGCAGACAGGUGUCAUACUGUCUGCGACACACUCAUGGCUCCUUCCGCCACAUGCUCCCCGCCUCCUGCCUGUGCCACUUAUACACACACACACACACACACACACACACACACACACACACACACACUGUGAGGCUUAACAACAUAUGUUUACAAAAAACUGUGUCCCUUUUUGCUGUAAUUUGCUGUCAACAGUAUCAAUUCAAGUAAUAUUACACCCUGAGCAGGUAGUGGACAUGUAUUUUUUUACGUUUGUCUUUUUAUGUUCUCAAAAAAAAAAUGAUAAAAUGAAAUAAAAUAAAAUAAAAAAUUAUGCGCCUCCAUAAAUCACAGACAGGAACUAUUUUGUUUCUUCAACUAUUAUCAUUAGCUAUUAUUGCUGCAUGCUGUCAAAAGUCCAGGCUGGCGGUAAAAUGCAGAUCAUCUUUUGUUAGUACUGGGCAACAGUAACCACAACACUUAGUACUCCUCAUCAGCACUACCAAUGGGACAUAAUGCUCUGUCUCAGCUAAACAGUUGUCUGAGGAACAGGCAUGUGCACUCAUUGAUCCGGACAUACCACACCGAGUUACUCAUAAGCCAGCAAUGUGUUUUAUUAGCUGAAAAUAUAGUCCUUUUUUGUACAACAGCAGAGCAGCAGACAAUCUGUCAGGUAACAGUUCUGUUCAGCCUUGAACAUAACAUUUUUAUCUCUCAGCAGAAACUUAUAUCUUAUUGAGAUAACCAUUGUUGAUACAUUGCAAGCAUCGAUUGGCACUUAAAAUGACAGCAUGUAAGCCUGUGGCAGAAUCUUUAUAGAAGCAAAUCUGUACUGAUCUCAUUUUGAACAAUUUGAAUAUGCACAAUCUAGCUUUGUUCAGCUGACAAGGAAUAAAAGUGGUUAAAUAUCAUUUAUUUAUUCACCAGGUCUGCAGUGUUGCAUCUCACCAACUUUUUGACAAGUUAGUUAGAUGCAAUACUACAAACAAGCUUGAAAUUAACACCCAAUAGAACAAAUAUAAUCCAAAGCCAUAUCACCCUUUAUUAAACUGCAGUAAAAUGUGCUGAUGCUGACAUUUAAAUCUACUGCAUACUGAUAACCUUGCAGUUCAAGCACCCCAUGUAUCGAGCCUAAAGUCAUUUUCGCAGUAGUUGCUGGUUCAACUCCUGUUCUCGACCCUUUUUGCUGCAUGUCUCUACUCCCCACUUUUCCUGCUUCUCUUCAGUUGUCCUAUCAAUUGAAGGCAAAAAUGCCCCAAAAAAUAUACCUUAAAAAAAUUUACUGAACACUCAAUGACAGUACUAACAAACUGUAAAGUGAUGGGAUAAGCAUCAGACGCUGCUGACAAAGACAGAGUUAAUUUAAUGUGAUAAAAUAACUAAAGAAAAAAAUUGAAGUCUCCAGGUCGGCUGGUGUUUUCGGUAACAUGCACCUUGUCCAUGCACUUAAGUGUCCUUAGACAAGACUCUGAAUGAACCCAACAUGUCCUGGUGGCAGUGCCAACAGUAUAUACAUGAGAUUAGAUAUUACUAAUGGGUAAUAUGUAGCAGCCUGUGCUAUGAGGGCACAAAUGAGGUUGGAUGAGUGAAUGUGACAUGAAAUGCAAGAUCCCUUUGAUGGUCAGAAGAUCAGUUAAUUUACCAUUGUUUAUUAGAUAUAUGUAUAAGUUUUCCUUUUGGCUCCUAUACAAACAAACAAGUUGAUAUUAUUUGUGAAUUGUCUUUAUGGUGAAGUAACACUGUCUAAAAUGAAGAGUGAUUUCUCUUAAAUGAGGGUAAUGUAACUGCCAGCAUCUCUGUAAUCUCUCAUAACUCAUACUAACGUGAGAAUAGCUCCAGUCACACAGACAGAGACUAAUAUGGAUACUGUUUGUGUGACUCCUCAGGUGGUUCAGCUUUGUGAUGUCUUACCUCCAGCAAACCAAUGUCUGCUGUCAAGUUUGUCUGAAGUCUGUGUCAACUAUGAGCAGCAGCACGACAAAAUUAUACAAACUUUUCAAACAGAGACACUCGGCCAAGACUGAAAUGUGUACGGCGCUGCAAGUUUCACAAGACAGCAGCAGCUGUAAACACCUUCCAAAAACAGCUAACAAUAGCUCUGUGAAAUUAAAGUGCCAAGCCAGUGUGGUAAUAAAGCAAUGGGGGAGACUUCACAGUGUAUUUUCAGUCAUAUCCCCGGGCUCUUAUGCCACUUAAGUGUAGAUAUGCCAGGCCAAAAUCAGUUCAAUAUCAACUAAUACAAUCAGCCAACAGAUAAAUCAGUUAGACCCCUUCCAUUUCUUGGUAGCUCAAGAUUAAUAAGGUUAAGUGUUUUUUCAAGGGUUCAGUGAUAAAUUUGUAGCAAACCACCCUCACAUCAGGGGCUACAGCUUAAGUCAGCCUUGAAGUCAUUUAUGACCACUCAGGCUUUUUCUAGAUUUGACUAUUUUAAUUUCAAUCAUUCAAAUUUUUAAUUUGAUUAUCUACCCCACAUUUCUACCUGCAUUAUAUUGAAAAAUGCCACAUCCAUCACAUAUGAUUUAUACAAUGAAGAUUUUUUUAUUUUUCUCAUUAUUGUAGGUUUGAGGAACCUCUGUUCUGUUGAUUGUGGGAGGAAGUUUGACUGAGUUACAGUUUUACAAGAAAAGCGGAAAUAAUAGAGACACAGCACAAAGCCAAUAUUGAUAAUUCAUCAAAAGCAGUGUUAUAGUGGAAGAUCAGCUGUUUGUUUUGGAAUUGAGUUGACUCUCGGGAUACUCAAUGCAUGUCUCUCACAUCUCCAAAUCUAAGACCCUGAAAAGAGAUGGUUCUUAAUAUUUCAUGCCUAGAGUUGUUUUCACUAUAUCUCUUUUUUCUUGCCUCUAAAAUAAGAAGUUUCUCAGUUUUCCUCAAACCCAUUUGUGUUCAAUGAUUCUGCUCUCAUGUGUCAUAUUUACAUAUCUGCUUCAUUUCAGUUUGGUGCAGAGUUUCGUCGGUUCUCGCUGGAUCGAUCGAAGCCGGGCCGCUUUGACGAGUUCUAUGGCCUCCUGCAGCACGUACAUCGCAUCCCCAAUGUGGAGUUGUUGGUCGGCUACGCUGACGUGCACGGCGACCUGCUGCCUAUUAACAACGAUGACAACUACCACAAAGCCAUCUCCACAGCCAGCCCUCUGCUCAGACUGUUUCUGCAGAGGAAAGGUAAGCACAGAGGAAGUAUUUGAACAAAGAGUCCUGGUUUGUCCACCCGUUUGUCAGGUCAGAUCUACUUUCAUUGGAAGAACAAACAAAGGCCUUGCAUAAGCUUUAAAGUACAGCAUGGAAAAAAUGACAUAUAUUUUAGUUCAGUGAAACUGUGUGUACCCUGCCUAACUUAUCAACAAGAGAGAUAAUUUUAUAAAAGGGAUGUAGUAUCGCUGACUUAAAAAAAAGGGGAAAAAAAGGUUUUGAAGUUGUUUUGCCUGUUACUGUGCUUCUAGAGUAUCUUCGUAAACACCGCUCCACGCUCCCGUACUUUAGCUUUGUCCUUUGGCGUCUCUUCUCUCCACAUAGCCUGAGGUCAACAACCUUGCUUUGAGGCAGAUUUUGUUUACAGACAAAACUGUAAAGAUCAACAGAAAAGAUGAUGAUUGAUGACUCUUUGCUGUUUGAAUUGCACUUCUCAAACAUGUCCUACAAACACAGAAAACAAAGUUCCUCUUCAUGCCCUGAUAUAGUAGCGGUAGAGUAUGCCUCCUGCUGUUUUUUCUGUUCUCAUCAGCUCAGUGUUAAUGUUACCUCUAACAAUAAUAAUGAAGAUGGCUGUCACUAAAUGUCUUCACUUGAGUAUAGGAGUAAUUUGCUUUGUGUAUUAUUUGUCAAAGAUGAUUAUGAUUUUAAAUCGGUGGUUCACAUGCACUGAUCUGCACAGUUGUUACCUCCGCCAAGGAGGUUAUGUUUUCGGUAGCGUUGGUUUGUUUGUUGGUUUGUUGGUUUGUCUGUUAGCAACUUUACAGAGAAAGUUACAGACGGAUUGACCUGAAAUUUUCACCAGAGGUGCGUCUCAGGCCCAGGAGGAUCCCAUUACAUUUUGGUGGUGAUCCGGAUCGCCUUCUGGAUCCAGGAAUUUUUUUGAAGGAUUCUUUAUCAUUGUGAGAUAGGGCAAAUUUUGGAAUUUUUGCAUUUAACUCUAUAAAAAUGGCCAAAAAUUACACAAAAGGAUCUCAAUGAGUUUUAUGAGGUGUCAAAGGUUGAUCCUGAUCCAGACAAAAUUCCGGAUACUGUGAUCCAGAACACACAAAAAUAAGGGUGUAGUUAGAAUUUUCAAUGCUGAAAGAUAACCAAUGGGCGGCACGGCGGUGUAGAUGGGUGGCACAGUGGUGUAGUGGUUAGCACUGUCGCCUCACAGCCAGAAGGUCCUGGGUUUGAAUUCGGGUCAGGGCAUUUCUUGUUUUAGGAACAUUAUGAACAGUGAACAUACCAGUUUAAACACAAAUAAUAAAAGACACGUAACAGUAAAAGUUUUGGUGUGAAUCACAGUAUAAGGGGGGACAUGAGCUGCUUGGCGGAGGUCUGUGCUCUCUGAGUGCUUUUCUAGUUUACAUUGUAUCAAGCACUUUUUGAGCAAAAGUGAGAGCUCUGGUCUUAAAUGUUUCUAAGGCAACUUUAUUGAAAAAAAUUGUACAUUGAUGUCCAUGGAUUCUCUUUACAUGGUGGUGACAGUUUCUAGUUAAAACAAAUUAAAGUAUAUUUUAUUUGCUUUUGAUUUUGCCUCUAAUGUAACCAUAUUUCCGGAUUCUUGCUGAUCCACAGAGCUUUAACUGUCCUGCUGAAAAAGAACAGUGUUUUACUGACACUGUUUAUUUUUGAAGCUGUGGGAGGGAUUAGUCAGUUGUUCCCCUCAAAAUUUAGUGUCAUGACUGUUUUAUACUUUGGUUUGUCUGUGCUGGCGUAUGUUUUGGGAUUACUGAUCACUUGUUUUUGUAAGAUUACAUGUAUGCAGUUCUGAUGUAAAAGCAUACCUUGCUAAUGAUUUGCAGAGAGUGACCUGUUGAAUGCAGCGUAGGGACCACAGGGUCUGCUAGCAGUGGCAGGUUGGACAGCCCGCUCUGUUGUGUUUAAGCUGUCUCGCCGUGCCAUAUGACCCUAUAGAAGCUAAGCCACUUUGUCAGUUGGAGAUUAGUGGGGGUCACUGUGUAGCGCUGCAUGGGACCAUGUUUCAAUUACACACUCCAGACACUAGCCCCCUCACUGAGCUCGCUGGUGGUCACACACUCACACGAAAAACACAUGAAAACACCCAGGCAAGCAGGCAUCACACAUCAGUCACGCACUGCUUUUAAAAAAGGUCUAACAAAGGCAGAGGACACACACUCACACGGCCACAACCCCCUGCAGAUCACACUAGCCUCAGCCCUCUCUCUUCACCUUACUGCUUAGCACCAGUUGAUCCCAGCUAAAAGAGCUCUGCAGUGUGCAGAUGCAGCAAAUUAGCAGCUUUUACAGACUUUAUCAUCUAUCUGCAGCCAGGCACUAGUUAUUAUUCCCACUGAUGUGAUACAGUCAGUUUGUAGCCUCCCAACAUCGUAGUAGCACGAGGUCGUGAAGCUAAUUGUCAACGCAGAACCAGGUGUGCCAUAUUCAUAGGAAACAAUAUCAACGUAUUUUCACGCAUGAGAAGAACUGGAGAUGUUGAGCAUCUCUCAAAAAUGUGUAAAAACACACAAAAAAUUAUGCUUGUGAAGGGUCUCCCUUGUUCUAGCCUACUACUCGUGUACAUACUUUUAAACUUGCGAAAACAACAGUAGAAAAACAUCUAUUAACUGAGGCGUAAGAAAUGCAAGUAUAUACUGUAUAAAACAGUCAAACUACCAGAGCAGGGAUCUCGAUCAAGAGGCCAAAGUUCACUGAAUCUGUUUUUAUUUUUUCAGUGUCUUAGUCGGUUGGUUGUGAUCAACCAAAGACUCUCAAAGCUUAUCAUAUUCUUCCUAUUCUGUGUUUUGUAAAUUUGCAGACACUAAAACAGUUAGAAGUUAUAUUUUCAACCGUCUUUUGGAUGACAUCCAUCUUUUUAAAGCCAAACCACCCCCAUACAAGCGAGGAUGAUCCCUGUCUGGCGAUCAGUGCCAAUAACACUAAUUAUAAGGUUGGCUUUGUUUAUGUUUUGUCUCAGAGUGCUGCUGGUUCUUUACUGUCAGCCAUGCAGGCAGCUGCACUAGCUUAGCUUGUUGUGAUGUUGAACACACUUCCACUAGGGUUGGUCAUAGUCAGUGACCGUGUGUGUGGACUCAUAAGGCUUGUUUUGAUCGAGUGACAUUCUAGUGCGGAAAUUUUAGAGCCAGUGCUUAUUGAAGACAGACAAAUUCAAAGGUUAUUGAUAAGGCGUUAUAUGACAUUAAGUGAUUUUUAUUUCUACUUUGUGGAUAUGAUCAUAUAAAUGUUUUUAAAAGGCUGCUCUUUUAAAUAUCCUGAUUAAAUAUUUUUUAAUGCUAAGAUACAGGUGUGUGUCUACAAAAAUAAAUAAUAUAUACAUAUGCUGGUAUGAACGUAUGUGUGUGAAAAGCUUAAAUAGAUAAACAAAAGGCUCCAGAAACAUGUUGUCAAAACUGUGUUGAAGUGCUGAACUGGAGGCACAGUUUGUUUCUCAGUGUGAUAUCAAAUGAACAGAAAAAUCACACAGUUUCUUUGGAUGUUGCUGAGAUUGUUAGUCUUUCAUCGGCUCGUUUGUGGUUUGGUUGGAUCUCCACUGAUAACCUUCAACCGUAAGUGUCAUCCAUUUUAUAAGAAGAAGCCUUAUAACGCUGCCGAUGAGUGGGAGUGGUAUCGUGGAAGGGUCAUUAUUAGUCAUACCUAAACAUACCCCUCUUCCUGCUAUCGAAGUUAUUGCUCUACACUUUUUUUUUUUUUAAUUUCAGAGCUUUGGUCACAAGCUGGUGGAUUCUUUUCGAACAUGACUCCUCGUAUGUACUCUGAAUGUGUAACUGAGCAUUAUGGAUAUAUGAAUGGGUCAGUGGUGGGCUAUGAUCUGAUGGCUGUUAUUGCAUAAGAACAGCACUUGAGGCUAGCCUGCUGCAGUGUAGGCCAACAUUUGUUAUAGCCUGGCCUUCAUGGAGCAGUGCAGUGUCACAGAUAUCUUUGAAAUGUGUUUGGAGCUGAAGAACAACACUUAAUCUCUAUCCACAGUGACUGUAAGCACUUUUUGUUUGAUGGAUGGAUACUAGUGGGAGGGAUGUUGGGGGCUGUGAGUGUUUGUUGUAUUGUUGUGGUUUGCCACUUGAAUAAUGCCCACAUUGUUGUUCUUUCUGCAUCAGUGCUACACCCCUGACAAGCAGUUAAAGACGCCUUUUUCACUGAUGUAAAAAUGGGGUAUGUGGUCGUGCCUGUGUGAUGAUGAUGUCAGUCUUUUUUUUUAAUUGCUUUAUCACACACCAACACAAAUCUGCUGCUCCAGAUAUUUCCUACAUCUCAGGACUCUCCCCUUAUCCCCGAACAAUGUGGUGAUGACUAUCGAGCUGGCAGUGAGGUAUCCACUGUUUACUGGUUGUCAUGGCAGUAGUGAAGAGGCCCGUUCAUAGGUGGCUUAACAGUUCUGGAGUCUCAUUAAGGAGUGAGGGUUCUGCAGUGUGGGCUCUGAGCUCUCUAAGUGUCUUGCUCCCAGUGUGUGUCCUCCACUGGUGUAUGAUUGUGAGUGUGUUGUGUGGUGGUGGUCGGAGAGGCCGUAGGCACAAACUGGCAGCCACGUUUCCGUCAGUCUGCCCCAGGGCAGCUGUGACUACUAAGGUAGUUUAUCACCACCGAGGUGUGACUGUGUGAGUGAAUGAAUGAUGUAUCCAAUGUAAAGCGCUUUGAGGGUCUCUGAUAAAGCGCUAUAAAAAUUUGAUGCAUUAUUAUUAAGUGUGUGUUUAUUCUAAAGCUGACUUUUACAUGUGCCCAGUUCUCUCAUGUAGUUUCAGUUUAUAUGUAAGUAAGGAAGUAAGUCAGUAAACUUAAACGAUAUUCCACUGUCAUAAAGUGCUUUGCAUAAAAUUGAAUAACAAUCUAAGAGAGGCUGGUUAAAGUGGUACAUUAGGUGUCAGUGCAGAGGGUUGUUUGAAACUGUUUCCCUGGUCCACAUUGAGAGAUUUAACACUGAUGUAUUUGAUCAGCAGUCAAAAAGAAAAACUUUUUAAGUUCCAGCAAGGAACUUUCAGUUUGUGUCAGGUUUUGCGCCCCCUGUGGACAGAACGGUCUUUGUUAAAGUUAUAUGUGGAUACUAUAUCUUCAAAGUGGUAUGUUAUGUUUAUAAUAAAGAUAUAUUUUUAGGUGGCAUCAUCUCUCCUGAUCGUGAAGAAAAAGGUUGUGGAUGAAAUUUUCUGAUCAACAAAGUUAUCAAUAACAGUAAUAUGGAAAGCAGUGAUCAAUCAUAGACGAGGAAGCUAUUUAAAAAACUGUAUUACGAUGUAGGGAUGGGCGAUAAAUUAUCAUUCACGAUAUAUCGUCAUAAAAAUCCUCCAUGAUAAAUAUUUGUGAUCUCAUGAAAAAUACGAUAAAUGCAAGUUGAUGACAUAAGCGAGCGAUGGACUCCCAGCCAUAGCCCACUCAGAUUGGGACUUAGAUCUUAUUUGACUAUUCCAACUGGUGUUCUCAAGACAAAAUGAGUCAAAAAUAUAGACUGGCAUUAUAAUAUUUAUGUGGAUUUUAUCGUUAUCGCCAGAAUGGCAAAUCUUAUCGUGAUAAAUUUUUCAGCCCAUAUCGCCCAUCCCUAUUAUGAUGUCAGUUGCAGCUCGGCUUGUGGCUUCCUCAUAAAAUGAUCUGUGUACAUUAAAAAAAAAAAAAUGAAGCAGUGGUCUUAACUCAUUUUUAAUACUGGGUGUGGGUCUUUUUGCUUCAAAGAGAAGGAGACCUGUGGGAUAAUUGACCUCCCACUUAAAACCAGCUAAAGGAUUACACAAGUCUAAUAGUUGCUCAUAGUGUUAUAUUGAACAAGCAAUAACAGUAUACUGACUUCUUUUGACUGUUGCAGUUUCUGAUCAAAGUGGAACUGUGAGUCAUGCACAGGAGUGUCUUGGACCUGCUGCUGAAGCAGUUCUCUUGGUUAAAGUAAAACUAUGUUUGUCAGAACUAGUCAUCCAGAACAUUCUUUGCUUUCACAUAACAUACAGUUUCCAGGUCCUCAUCAUCCAUAUAGUGGUGGCAGCUUGUCAAGCUUUCAGGGUGUGGGUUUGCCUGGUGACGUUUCUUGUUGCUCACAUGGUUUUAGUCCUGAAUGGCUCGUAACUCAUCAGCUGUAAGGUGGAGGGGGAAGGUAUAGAGAGGGACAGGAAUGCUUGUAUUUGCUUAUCCCAGCAGGGACUGCCUGAGUAAUUAGUAACCAGUACAUGAGUCAUCCUGCAAGAGAAAAGGAAACAUACAGUGUGAAAGCGCAACAUGGACAAAGUCUACUCACCCUGCGAAGCAAGCCUUAAAGCGGGAGAGAGGGAGGCAAUGUCCUGAGUCUGUGGAGUAAUUAGGCUGGUUUUGAGUGAUGGAGAUGGGCAUAAGAUGUGACAGAGGAGACAAAACAUAGGAGUCGAAAUGAGCCAGGACGCCACUGCGUGCAAGAAAAGAGAUUUCUGUCGUGGGCCAAGAUCUCUAUGAUGAAAAGAUUACAAAGGGAGGGAGAGGGAGAGAGAGGCGAAGUGCUGGCAGGUGUAAUAAUUGUCAUUUUCCCCUAGGAGCACAGGAGAGAAGUUAAGAUCAUGAUCUGCUCUGAAAAUAAUAAAAAAUCAGCCAAGGCUGCACUCGCUUUCUUUAUUUCCACAGAGCAUGAAUUAUUCCCCUGCAAGUAAUGAGAGAGAGCGAACGAUGUAUUCAUAGCACUGGUGGAAGAAUGCGUGGAGGAGGGACAUGUUCGGUAAGCCUAAUAAGAGAUGGAUGGAUGCAAAGGACAGAGUCAACAGUAUUAAAGAGGGAGUAAUGGAAAAGGCAUUGUUUAGGAAAGGCAUCUAAUUAGGAAAGUGCAGAGAGGAGAUAGAGCACAGUGUGAUAGUAAUGCAAAGAGAGAGAGAGGGAGAGGGAGUGAAGAGUGGGAAUAUAGUAUUAGUGAGGGAGGAAUGCAGAUUGAGGCCCAAGCAGGGGAGGGCGAGAGAGAGAAGGAGAGGGAGAGAGAGAGAGAAAUAAAAGAGAGGGAGAGAGAUGGAGGUUGAGGGGAGUAAGAGAGUUGGCAUUUUGGGUGGAAUGUGGCCAGCCUCUGAUCAAGUCUGCUGGCUAGAUUAGACAGGACAGCAGGCCAGACUGGACCCCAGGCAGCAGAGCACUGACUUGUUUAACACAGGGUGUAGAUGGACAGAGAGAGAGAGAGGGAGAGAGAGAGGAGGGGAGAGGAAGGGAGAUGGUGAGCACUAGAGCAGGAGAGGAAGAAAAGGUUAAAGAAAGCACCAAGCCAGGGAACAUUUAAGAAAAGAGAGAGAGGACACAGCCUGGUUAAAACCUCACUGGAAACCUGGCUGGAUGAGGAUGGGGGGGGGGGGGGGCAGUGAGAGUCCAAGCCCACUGUUAGACAGACUGUCAGAAUUUCUCAGCCUACAGUCAGUCAGAGAAGAUAAAUCAAUAGAAGAAGAAGGAGGAGGCUCUGGAGAAAACACAAAAUGAAUGAGAAAUAUGAUGGAGAGGGAGAUAAACUGGACAAAUGUGAGAGAGAAAGCAACGUUUGAGGGAUGGAAAGUUAGCCGUUGACAAACUCUGCCUGAUUAAACAUCUCACUGCUUGAUGAAGUUUUUUCCAGAACUUGAACGGCUCAUCACACAGCUGGAAUAAACACAACAACAGUCAGUCAGUCAGUCAUCUGUCACGUCCAACUGAUUGCGCUCUUUCAAGUCAAUUUACUGCCACUAUAUUUAGAUUUAGAUCUUUUUAAACCAGACAGCAAAUUUGUCUGUGUGAAAGACACUCGUAUGUUUAGACACAGACAGGCUGAGCUAAUUUUAGCUCAGCUUGAAGCUCCUGAAGCCUUGCCGAGAGCAUCAGAAAAACAUUGAAGAGGCUGUGAACGUCCAGAUCAGCUAUUUUGGUCCCUCAUCAUAUUUUAUUUUUGUAACAUAAUGAAUCUCCUGAUACCAAGGCCUGAUUCCAGACUUGUAUUUACCUAAAUAAUAGGACUAUGGACAUGUUUUUUUUCUUGUUUACAAAAAUCCUAUCAAAGAUGUCUGUCUGCAAUUUAUUCAGCUUCACUCAGUCAAGCGAGCAUCACUCUCACAGGCUUGUACACAGCUGAACUGCUUUAUGUAUUCCACCCUUGAAAUUGGUGUGCAGCACCUCUGCAUAAACUUGAAAGUGGAGGAAUCAAUCCAGUGUGCAGUGAGGCUCAGUGCUGACAUGGGACAAACAUCAGAGCUCUAAAUGUCUGUUGUAAAACUAACAGCGGUCACUUCUGUCUAAAUCACCUCAAAUGUUGUCACAAUCCACAGUGUCUAAAAUGAAACAUCCAGGUAACAGGACAUAGGGUGGAUCCUUUGUUCUACAGCAGGGGGGUGGGCUCCUCAUCCAAAUACAUGACUUCAACCACCUUCUAGAUAAUCUUCACUUCCUUUUUGCUCCCUCAAGAAUAUUCAUCCUUUUGAAGUCCAGAGUUUGUUGCUACGUGGAGUAUAGUCUUGGAAGUACUGAAUGCAGCUCUUUUGUUGCAUAAAACUGUUGUAUUCAUUACAAUGCAAGCUGCUGUUGGACUGUUAUAAUAACUCUCUUGUUUAAAGUGUUUCCAUACUGCUGAUAAUUCAGUGAUGGGCUGCUUGUGCAAAGUUAACCUGAUGUUUGCAUUCUGCCUUAAAUUGGGCUUAAUUUACAACAGCUAAUGUAAAUUGGGGGUGAGAUGAUUGAUUCUCUACAGAAGAGGAUUAGGGCCACUGGCAAAAAAAAAGAAAGGUCCAAUAUAAUUUUUUUUUUUGAAUUAUUAUUCCGAGACAAAAGCCAGAAUUAUGAGAAAAAAGUAGGAAUUUUAAGAUCCAAGUCAGAAUUCUAGGUUUAAACUCAGAAUUCUGAAUUUGAGCUCAGAAUUCUGUCGAUUUUCUCACAAUUUUGACUUUAAAGUCUUCUGAGAUUAAAGUCAGAGUUCUGAUUUUAAAAGCAGAAUUGUGACUGUUUUUACUCAGAAUGAUAAUUUUAAAAAAUUAUACCUGACCUUUUUUUUUUUAUUCUUUUAAUCGGCCUUAAGGUUCUUACACACCGGGGCCGACAUGGAAUGGAAUGAAUGGAACGCGAUGGCGAAUUGGUACUUAUUUUGCUUUCUCCAAAGAAAAAGAAACGUAACACAUAGGUGCAUCCAAUAUUACAAAUAAGAAGAGAACUUAGUGAGUUUCACUGCUUGGUUCAGGAGCUGAAACUGGACCACGGUCGCUUCAGAACCUAUUUUCAGAUGUUUGUUGGACAAUUUGAAGUUCUGCUGAAACAAUUAGCUCCAAGUUUGAAGAGGCAGAGGACUAGACACUAGACACUAGUGUUGAGAUGUCUGUCUGUCAUGAUGGCAUGUACUGAGUCAGGGCCAGUACCUGAUAAGCACAUGAAACUAUGGUGACAACUGUUAGCUUACGUUAGCACAGAUGAAAGUUAAAACAAAGACGUUAAGCAAACUGUGAAAGCACACAAAACAUCGUCAUAUGUGAAAUCCGACUCUAUGACGCUCCACAAGAUGUCCUUCAGGUCGUUAUCUUUGUAAUGUGUGUGUAAACGAUCAUAAACAAUCAGCCGGUCGGCGGUGAAUCUGACGUCGCUACAACACGCAAUCUGAUUGGUCAGAAGUGGACACACAGUAUGCGAAACUUUAGAAAAAUCGACCAUGAUCCGAAAAAAAUAAUUGCUGCAAUAUCGCUGGAUGGGAAAAUGUCGCUGAUGUGAACGCUUGUAUUGACAGGAUACGGGUUCGAAAAAAAAUAUUGACGUCCAAAAUAUUCGCACGACAAAAAUGGUCCCGGUGUGUAAGGACCUUUCAUCCUCUUCUUAAUUCUCAAAAUGUCGCUUCCUGAGCAGUUAAGAAAACACCCUUAUUGGCUAUGAUCAUUAGCUAAGAUUGAGAUUGUGGCAUUCCUGGACUGUUAUCUUCAAGGGAAGGUUGGACGUUAUAAAAGAUAAUAAUGGAUGGUGGGAGUGGGUUGUACUUUGGGCUAAUGCAGCUAAGAAAUAGGAAGUAGUGUAUACUGAUUUUUUCAGGUGAACAUGGUUAUAUUUUCUUGGAUGUUUGAUCGGAGUCAUGUUAUAGAUACCAGCUGAUUUGUCUCUGGUGCCUUACUGUCUCUAGGAUUUGCUAUUUUAGUUCACAUCACAGGUUUUAGAGGUGUUGUUUCACGGGGGGUUAACUUUUUUGACAGAGAUAAGAGUGAAGUCUUUUAUUUGUACUUGGACAAUGAAACCUUUGAGUUCAAAGAUGUUUAAAAGGAUCAAAGCACACAACAGUACAGUUCAGGGUUAAGGUGGUUUCCUCCAAAUGAAAAGUAAACACUAACAUAAAUAAUGUCACUGGAUUUUUGUUGUUGUAGCUUUCAAAGUCACUGUGGUGUUAUUUCAGUUUUCAUUUAAAAACAUCAUCCUUCCUCCAGGCAGUUGGCAAUGGUGGUAGUGAUGUGAAACUUGAUAACUGAUAUGCUUAUCUAGGAAUUUCUUUCAAAACACCUUUCCUACAUAUUUACCCGGCCACGCUCUGACAUGCAGCUCCACUGUUGCUCAACCGCUAGUACUGUUUGUCCCAUAUGUGUGCUCCUUAUCUGUCCUCCGAUCAGAGUCCUUCCACUUUUAUGGAGCUUCAUAAAAACUAAUGACCACAAAAGAAAGAUUCAAAACAGUAGUCACAUGCACACAUGAGCGGGUUAUUUCUGCUGAGUCAACUUUUUAUCCUGAUAUUAGUCCACUGCAGGUAAUCGAGGAAUAAGUCACAGCUCCUAUCCUUUGAAAAUGGUCAUAUUAAAAUUAUGUCAGGAGUUGAAUUAAGGCUUUUGGUGGGCUGCAGCAGACAGAUGAAUGAAUUGAGUCUGUUUCUAAGUCACUGCCUUUUCAGUACAAAGUUUCUGCUAUGGCUCAGGAAGAAAUGCCGUUUCUAAAGAUGCAAAACAGAAUUUCACACUGAGAACAGUAGACCUGCCCCCUGAAAGUCAAGGGUGUAGGGUGUAAAGAGUCCAGAAGCCCUGAACUUUACUUGCAAUCUGUCAGGAUAUGGACUUUUAGCUGCUGCACUGUACACAAACCAUUUCACAAGCAACAUUAUGGUCCGCUGUAAACUUUACAAGUACAAGACAAAAAAACACAAGUGUUGUUAUCAAGGUUUUACUGUGAGCCACAGAAUCUGUAAAAGUCUCCAUCAUGUCUCGAACCUAGAAAACACAGGAUAAAGCAUCUGUGUCCCUCAGCUUGUUUUCCCCCACUUUAGUUCUGUUAAAGGAUGAUUUUCACAUGAGUUUCUGUGUGUGUGUGAGUUUGGUCGAACAACUUAUGUAAAUCGGUUGGUGUAGGUUGGCACAGAACUGAAAAAUAGUGAUUUGUUUGGUCAAAGAUUUAUUUCUAUCAGCCAAAUCUUAUUACAGCAGAUUUUAAGAAAGGUUCAGCCCAAAAAAAUAGAUUUUUUCAUUCACUGAUUUUACUUCUUAUGUCAAUAAGAUGCAGAUUUUGUCUCACUACCAUAAAACUGCCAACUAAUUAAUUGGUCUGUAGUAGGGCCGCAAGAUUAAUUGAUUUUAAAAUCGUGAAGGCCUAGUCUGUAUCUAUUAUACAGGACCCCUCUCAUCAGGUCAAGGUUAACACAGGCCUCACCUGAUGAGACAUGGUCUCCAUCAUCAAGAUGUUAACAGCAGAUCCUGUAAAUUCUGUAAGCUGCUAGAGGUGGCCUUCAAAGUGUGGUGUGUCCUUUUUCAGCACAUCCCACAGAUGCUUAAUUCGAUUGAGGUCUGAGCAUUUUAGCGGCACAGUCCACACUGUCAUAAUUGUGUAGGCAGAAUUCUGAGGCUCUGAGGCUCUACAGUUCUGAGGCUCACAUGCCCAUCAUAGCUGCUUUCAUUGGUGAAAAGGGGUCAGUAUUAUCCUCCUGACCCGCCAAACAGCCCCAAACUUCAGAAUAUGUUCCAUUGGAACCAUUAUUUCCCUUUUUUGUGAUUUUAAGCUCCAGUAGCUCCUCUGUUGGGUCAGACCACACAGGCUAGUUUUCUCUCCCCACACACAUCAGUGAGCCUUGGCUGGCCAUGACCUUGUGGUUUGUUAACCAAUUAUUUUUCCUUGGACGUUGUCUUGUAGGUACUGACCACAGCAGACUGGAAACAUCCCACUAGAGCGGCAGGUUUGGAAAUGCUCUCACCCUGCGUUUUAGUCGUAACAAUUAACCUUUGCCUUUCCAACAUCAACGUUGUGCACAGAAUCAUUCAUGUGCUACUUAAAAUAUGCCAACCACAGUGUUAUUGUGUUAUUCACAUCACCUAUCAUUGGUCAUGAGGUCUCAGCUUGUCCGUGUUUCCAGUUAAGCCACUGUAGCUGUAUUUGUAUAGUUUAUUUUUUUCUGUUUCUGAUGUGCUCCAGUUUUAAUGUAUUUGGCUUAAAGUUUGUCUUGGCAAUAAUGAAUCUGCCAGAUCUAACUACAGGUCGGCUGUGUUGUCUUCCAGAGCCAGCUGCUGAGGGCAGGACAGAACCAGGAGCACAGGGUCCCUCUUCCCAUCCCUCCCCAGUAAAAACCUUUAUCAGGCACAUGGGUGACAAGCUUGCAAAGUUAGACCUGGGUUCCUCCAGCCCACGCAGACCCCCCUCCCUCCCUUCCUCUCCUCCAUCCUCCCCAACAACCAACCCUUCCUCACCCUUCUCCUCUUGGAAACUCAGUGUUGCAGGGCUGCGUAGAAGGCUCGGUUUGUCAGACCCAGAUCUAGACACUUCAUCUCAAACCCCUGUGAUAAAGUCUACAUCCCCAAGCGACCUAUGACUGUCCCAGACCCCAUCCUGUCCUAAGCUCAAAUCCAGCCUCAGCCCCAGGUUCACCCCUGCUCCUAACUACCCAUAAAGCCAGAUGAAGCACAAGCACCAGAUGUAGUCCCUUCCUGACAAGUUUAUACAUCCCCUCAUCUGUCCUGCUUAUUGAGCUAAAACUAGGGACCUCUUUCCCCGUGCAGGCCCAGAAAGAUUGGGUCUUGAGCUUAAUUUACCUGUAAAAGGAGCUUUUAAGAAUCACAGAAAUGAGGGGCUGAGGUGAGAGAGGGCAGAACUGCAGACAGAAUGAUUAAGGAGGGAGAAAGAGGAAAAUCUGCAAGACCAAAAACGAAGAGAGGUGGAGACUCCUGCUGAGUGAUGGACAACUGACUGAGAGACAGAUUGAGUAAAGGGCACAGGGGAGGAAAAUUGGAGGAAGAGAUUGGAGGAGAUGCUGCAGGAAGUGUCUCCGUCAGCACAUAAGAAAUUGAUGGAAUUGCUUCAUAAGGUUGUACAUUAGUCUAGACGAGCAAAUAAAAUGUGUUGCAUCCGCCAACUCUGAGGCUGUUUUAACUGUCCGUCUCAGACUGUGGCUGCUGUCCUCCGCUGUGUAGGUUCUGGGUGUCUCGGGUGUUUUAGGACAAAAAGCUCUUGUCAGGCCAACAUAAUAAAGCAGGACUGAUGAGUGUAAUACAGAAUUCAUGAGUGAGAUUAUUCAAUGAGGCCAAGAAGCAGGGCGCUGUUCAUGACUGAGGUCUUUGAAUUAUGGAUUUAAUAAGUAAUUCCUCCAAUCGUCAGCUUCAUUACACAUCAAGGCUUUGUCUUUGCUCCGGCUUGCCUCACUCCUCUGCAGGUCCAUACAGCACCUUACCUUUCUAAGCACUGCUCCUCUAUCAGUACAUUGUAUAGGUUGCUGUUUUCCUUCUGCUCCUGUUCCUUUCCUCUGAGCAAUCUGACCUCCCUCCUUCCUCCCUUUUUUCUCUCUGUCUUAUCAGCAGCAUUAAGGCACUUUUAUCUAGGCUGUGCCGGGGAGGUACGCUCACCACGCCAGGAAUAGCAACACUCCGGGAAUUUGCUCCUUUAAAGUUUUUUUAUCACCUCCUCCUCUUCCUCCUCCUCCUCUCCUUUUCUUUCUUCUCCAUGCUCUUUGUGUGUUUGCUUAAAUAUCCGUCCCUCCAGCUUGUUUCACUUCUCUUGUUUGACACCACCCCUGUUUUUUUUUUCCUCUUUGACACAAGCUGUGUGCCGUCUCCCCCCUUGUAUUGUUCUGUGUCAGGAACACGGUGACACCGACUCGGGGGUGAAUUUCCAGGCUUGUCAUCACUAAACCUGACUGUUUCCAGAACACCACAACCUUUAACUGCUUCUCUUCUCCUCUUUUUUUUGCACUCAGAUCCUUGAGACAUGCUAUUUUUGGAUUCUGAAGAAUGAUGGUUUCACAGGCAACAUUAUCUUGUAUAAAACAACAGUUAGUUAGUUAGUUAAAUACUUUACCGUCAGAAUCUCUUUUGAAAAUUUCCUCUCAUCUUUCUUAACAAGAAAGAAAACAUCACAACAUUUAACACUUUAUAGCACCAAACAAACAUAAGACAAAGUUUCCUAUCAACCAAUUGCAAAAACAUUGGAAAAAUGUGACAAAAUAUAAUACGAGACAACCAUCAUACAUGUACCGCUACACAUGCAUGUCUUUGCUCUUUAAGAGACAGUGCAUGUUUGCUCAGACUUCUUCUUUGGUUGUAAUAGAAUAGUAUUAGUCUAAUACAACAACACUUGCCAACAAAGGUUUAUUCUACUUUUGCAUUUAUUUUCUCACUCUUAUAAUACACUUUAAAAUUUAUUUGUAGUGCCCUUUACAUCCAGAGACCUCAAAGGGCUACACGUUAAAAGCAAAGAGGUAUCAUAAUAAAGGAAUAGAAAAACAGGUUAUUGGUUAAAAACAAGAAAAACAAGAAGAGUAAAAGCAAGAUAAGCAGGUUUAAAAAAAUCCAAGAGGAUGGACCUAAAGUUCUGCUAAAAAGAAAUGUUUUGAGUCCUUUUUAAUGCAAAAAUAAUCAGUAGUGUAAUUAACAGCUGCAGUGGCACUAAUAGAAGAAGUAGUAGUCGUAGUAGUCACAGGAGUAAGGACAGUUAUAAGGCAUGUUGCUACGUCCUGAUCUUGUUGUGUCACCUGAACACAGGAUCAGGUUUCCCUGACACAGCUCCCAGUGCAAGUACCAGGAAGUCAUGGAUUGUUGGUGUCUUCGCUCCCGUCAGGGAUCAUUAUGUUACAAGAAAAGCCUCGGCCUUGUCAUCAUGCAUCAUUGUAAUAGUAAUGAUGCAUAACCUUGGGAGUAGCUGUUAAUAAAAAAGUGUGUUUAUCAGAGUCUCAGAGCAGGUACAAGCAUAAGGAAUAUGAGGGAGUAGAGUUUAUUAAUGUUUACUCAGACAGAAAUCAAUGAACCAAAUAUGACAAAAAAGAAGAUAAAUGUUGGAGGCCUACAAAAGCCCACCACAUCAUUUCAGCUAGUUAGCUUUAUAUGAUAGAUUGGCCACUUCUCCGACAUCCAGCGUUUACUCUGACCCUGCUUUCAUUUUGCAUAACUCCCUCGAGCUAAAGCAAGUCUCACACAAACUUCAGAGAAAGUUAGUUUAAUACCGUCAGCAUUCACAAGGAUACUGUGGUAGUCCCCCCAUCUGUCUUAUGCAGGCUUGACCUCCUCUCUCCAAACACUCUGAUUCUAAAUUGGCAUUUCUUGUUUUGUUGGCGACCUGUUUUUGAGAUGUGGUGACUGAUAACGCUGGGCCCUGUUGGUCUUAAACUCUCAGUCAGCACGUUUACAUGUUUGUCCAAUAAAUUGAUUCAUUGCCUCAGUCUGAUUGAAACUGAACUUUUAAAAAUAUGUGAACAUUAAUCCGACUGAAAUUGCACUAAAUUGAACUUUUCAGUUAACAUAUUUAUGAUAACACAGUUGGGGAUCAUUGUGCACGCUCCAGUGUUAGCACACCAGACUAAGAGCCAGAGGCUGAAGUGACAGUGUUUUCAUCAUUAGAGAUACAUCCUGUUGGCCUGUUGCUAAUGCAUUUUGUAAUAGGUCAACCAGGAGACAGCAGAAAAGGGGUAUGUCACCACCUGCUGUAGCUGAGGAUGUGCUUCUGUCAAUAAUUCGAUUCUUACCUGGUGCUUGUACAUUGAGACAAGGACAGUAGUCCAGUUUGAUCACCUAAUCACGCUAUGGCCUUAGCUCUACUUAACUGUGCAUGUAAAUGCACUGAAUACUGCCUUUAUCCCUGUGUUAUCAUGGUGACUAAAACUAUCAAUUUGAUGUUAAAAAAUGGUUGAUUUUGAAGUCGUCUCUCAACUGUUUAGGGUAAUCAGAAACCAAGCUUUCUUAAAAGGGUACUUAAGUUUUUUUGAAAUGACAUUGGGUGUGGGUCAUGUCAAUAAUAGGUGUGUUACUCUCAGUGGAUGCCGGCCAGCUCAGCACCUUUUAUGGAGAAAUUGGCUAGAGAACGAACACAAAAGCCAGGUGAUCACAGAUACUCUUCCAUGAAAUACUAUAACCCAUAAGACUUCUGUGGGUGUAAGUGUAUGCUUUGUAUGGAUGUAGUCGUGGCUGUUAUCUCUUUAAAAUUUUAGCUUGUCUUGCCUUUAGACAGCUUUGUACUUUGAUAAGAUCAUCAUAUUGCGGAGACCAUGGAUGGCGUCAUUAUACAAAAAGCAGCAGCGGUUGAUAUAGUGAGAGGUCACAGACUGCAGCUGUAUGUGAGCUGCUGGUAUCCUCUCCACCAGAGAGGUCCUGCAUUACUGUUGAUACAAGUUCUUGUCCCUUGGUUUAUGGUUACGAGCUCACAGUUUACACACCUGCACCACCAGGUAACUUCAGGUUUGCUCUCUAGCGAGCACAGAAGUUUCUCCCCUUUCUCUUGAAGUCUGCUGAGUCUAUAAAUCCUCUGUAAACACACGCUCAAAAUGUCAUCCUCUUGUGUUCACAGCAGACUGUUGUCAGACUCACUCAUUUUCCAGUUUGGCUCGUCUCUUGUUUAAGCCUGCAGACUCAAAUAGCUGACCACAGUGUGCUACAGGUGGAAGAGUUCAUGUGAUGCAUCCUGGAAUGGUUCAAUAAUACAAGGGCUCUUUGGCAGCAAAGUGAAGUGCUUCAAAACUCCUGUGUGGAGCAAAAACUUACUUACACAAACAUAAGUGUUUGGGUGAGAGUUUCUGAAAAUUAUAAGUUAUAUUAAGUUGAUCCCAUCUGCAGCACCUGAUCUGAUUCUCUCAACAAAAGGGCCAAAGCUGGCCGGGUUCCCAUUCAUGUAUUGUACCAGUACCAAUGACAAAUAUCCUUUACAACCUCACUGCACAGAUGCAAUGGAAACAUCAUGUUCUUUUAGAUGAACAGAUAACCAGAUAUAAUGGGGCUGAUUCAGUUUGGUAGGGUGAGUAGGGGUGGGUUUAGUGGGGUGAGUAGGGGUGGGAGAAAAAAUGGAUACAGCAUAGUAUCACAAUAUUUUGUCUGGUGAUAUAUUGCAUUGUCCCAUCCACCAAGUAUUGAUAUUUUCAAAUUAAUUGUUCACAUGAAGUCAAAUCUAUGAUAAUGGAAAAAUAAUAUCAACUGUUUGUCCAGUGAGGUUGGCAGAGGUGACAUCAAAGAGCAGGAGAAAGUUAGUUCAAGAAAUAUAGCAGCACCUGGAGGAAGACAUUAGGAAUGCAAGCAGGGCACAAAUGAGAUGGACCUGACACAUAAGGUUCGCAAGAUGUGCUACAUGAAAAGAAAAUACAGUGUCAAUAAGACAAACAUGAAGGAAAGACAAAUGCUAAUUUAGCUAAACAGUUGAAAAAAAUGUAUAUAUUGCAAUGUAUUGUAUCGGAAUACUCACUGUAUCGCAAAAUGUUUAAAAUCGCAAUAAUAUGGUAUUGUGGCCCAAGUAUCGUGAUAACAUCACAUCGUGGGGCCACUGGUGAUUCUCACCCCUAUUAGAUAGGUGUUCCCAGAGCACAACUGUGAUAACAAUGAUACUGCAUAAAAACUAAACUGGAUCACUGGUUUCAGUAGAGUAGGUGUGUUCAGUCCAUAGGUCCAUUAACAUCAGCCACAGUGAGAUCAUAAUGCAGGCAGGGUGUGUAAAGAGUAGAGUACUGGGGAAGAUGAAGUGGUUUCCUCUCCUCAGGCACAGUUGUCUGAGUCCCUUUAAUUCAGGAUAGAGAUGCAUUAGUGUGUGCAUGCGUGUGUGUGUGUGUUAGUUACAUACUACAGAGAGGAAUGACCAAGCAUCACUGCAUGUGUCCUCACUUGUGACGAUGUGUGUUGGGUUGUCAUUUUCUCCUCCGCUGCUCCACUUCCUUUGCCUCUUCACUGACUCCAUUCAAAGUGUGGGAAAUCAAAGCAGACCCUGCAUAUUUGGAAUGCCUAACCUGUGCAGUGCCAUGACAAGUGCAGGGUAGGGGAUUAUGUUUUGAUUCAAGACUUGUGGAUUAUGCUUCAGUAGGACACUCCCAUACUGCAGGUGUAUCUUCUACCUCAAUGUAACCAAAUGCAUCUUAUAAGACUAAUGUGUAUAGGAGAGUUUGGAAGUCCAAAACAGAAAGGCAAAAGUGUAAGCAAUUGAUUGAGCUGCUAAUAUGUGAAUGAUAUAAACACAACUAUAGAUUUUUAACACACCGAUGAACCCAAAAUGCAACAGGAAUGAUGGGAAACUAACUUUAUAUGAAAAGACUUGACCCCAUAUACAGUGCUAUAUAAAUACAGUCUGUUGAGCAGCAUUGCUUGCGUUGUAAUGGUCCCGUAGCAUCUGAUUUUGGUGCAAAGGAGCAAAAAAAGGGAGCAGAAUUUUAUUAGAGAAAAUUUGCUCCUCUUUUCAUGACCACAUUUCACAAGGGGUGUGCUCCUCCUGUGUAAUGUUCAGAGCACAUAUCACAGUAAUUAGUUCCAGAAAUAGAAGUUUCAGUGCUUAACAAAUGUAGUUUGUACUUCCAGAUUAAAUGUAAUUGGGAUGUCGAAGCUAGUAUCUGAUCCAAAGCAUACCCAAUCUAUCAAUCCGGAAGACUUAACUUAAAUAUGACCUUUUAGGUAGUUACCCAUAUUCUUCUUAUUUAGCACACAUUCAUGGGGUCAGAAAGGUGUGUUUUAUAGAAUACUUGUUUAAAGUACAGCAUAUUACUGUAAUUUGGCCAUUAGUAUUCAGUUUCCCUUUAAAAAGCAGAAACAAAGACGGUCAUUUUCUUCUUAAAAAGGAAGUGUGUGCAUACCUGUGUGUGUACGUGUGUGCUUUUGAUAUCAUGCAUCGCCUAUAGGUCUUUGUUACCAAUUAGACUGAGAGCUUUGCUUCCGUGCUCUAAUGAGCUCUAAUGUAGCUAUGGUUUUCCAGGGUAUUGGGUUUCGUAGUGCUGCACCUCAUUAGAGAUCAGGCAUCACAAUUAAACAGGAAUAAACCUUAUAUGUGCACGUGAACUGCUGUGUGUGUCUUAAUUAGUGCCUGCAUGCGUGUGCCUCCAUGUGUGUGUGCGCAGGCGAACAGAUGCAUUGGUAAGGAAGUUGCAUGCAUAAACAAUUUGCAGCCAGAACAGCAUCUCUUGCUGUGUGUUUGUGCCUGAGAGUGGCCCUGAGGGACUGUCCUAUGCUCUUCUCUCAACUACAACUCUAUUGUUAGCUUCAUCUCUUCCCUCACCAAAGAUAGAGGGAUGGCAGGCUGAGAUGAAAAGAAGUCGAGAUAUAAAAGACAGAAAUGAGAUGUAGAGCAUCGCCUCCAUCUUUGCAUGACUGCACAGUGAGAACGGUGCUUGUGUUGGCCUUGGAGGGAGGUGUGUUUGUGUGUUGGUGCCUGUUAAUAUCCGUCUUUACACUGUUUUGCAUAAAGCUCCUCUAUGGCAGCGUUUUAAAGCAUUUAGGGAAAACAGCCUAAACACAGGCAGAGCUCAGUAACUCAACUAAUACCUCUACAUGUAGUCCUCACAGAUUUAAAAAGCUAUUGCUGCUAUAUUUUUUAUUUCUCAUUUGGAGCUGACUCCCAAGAUAAGUAAAGUGAAGAUAAAGUAAGUGUGCAUACACUACACUCGUGCCUCAUGGGAACUGAAACGUGAGACUGUCGCUCUUUCUCGGGACAGUCGAUCCUUUGUUUUGGUUUUAGAGAUGGAGAGGGGAGUGGUGGGGUGCGUACCUGAACAUGAGAACUGGAAUCUUUGUCAGCCACCUGAAUUGAUAUUUUCCUGGACUACACUCACAUAAUCUGGAAGAGACAAACAAGGGGGGAGGAGGAAGAGCAUUCAGUGCAAGAUUGUCAGAGGUUUAUUUAUGGAGCACUUUCAUCUAAAUAUGGAGCGUUUCAGAAACUGUAAAAAGUGAGGAAUGUUGAGAAAGUGAGAAAGUUCAAGACCUUGUCAAAAAGAAGGGCGGAUAAAAUAAGACCAGAUACAGAGGAAAGCUUGUUUAUCAAGCCGUGGAGUGAAAAAGAAAGGAAUCAAAGUCACAGAGAUGUUAAUGUUUAGCUGCUUAUAUUAUGCUGGUUAACUAUUAAAGAGCCAAGGUCCAGUUUUCCCGCCCCUCACCCGGUUAGCUAUGGAUCUGAGUUAAUAUCAGCCAUGUGUGGUUAAAGUCUAUACUGCUAUCAUGGUGAACACUUCCUCAUUGAAGUGGGCAUAAAACAGGGAAGGGUUUCAUAGCGCCGAGGUGACUCAUGCUGCUCAACAGUUGUUUUCUUGGUUCAAAUGCAGCCUGUAAAACCAUCCGCUCACAGUAUGUGGGUAAAGUUUAUGAAAUACACUCAUUGUCUUUCCUGCUUUAUGACACAUGAUACCACUCUCAUACCUGUUGAUAAAUAUGAAGCAGCAGUUCAGACACAUUUUCAAUCAACUUAAAACAGGGUGAAACAGCCGGCUUGAUUUUUUCAAGUUCUGCACACCUGUAGCCCCUGAAUUAACUUGAGGAAUGUAAUAAUUUUGAUCCAGUUUUAAUCCACUUUACUGAUAAAAGGCAUAAAGAUGAUGGGCUCCUGAAAGAGAGAAGAAGAAUCCAGGAAGUCACUGUGCCAGGUUGAAAAGAACCUGACUCAUGUCGCCCUCUAAAAACUGCUCGAAUAACUUUUGGGAAGAGCAGUACAAAUAUUUUCCCUGCUCCUGCCUUUUCAUAUGCUCUGUUUUGUCAAGUAGACAUGAAGUAAUGCCACCCUUGCUGGUCAGCACCACAAUGACUUGUUAGUUAAAGGAGCUGUUAAUAUUUUAUGACUGCAGGCCUGAAAUGCAAAUUAUCGUGUUUGAGUGGUCGCAUAGCCAUCCGACACCAGCCGGGGAUAUAGCUGUGGUAAAAAGAUUACUACCAAGGGAUGCUCAGUAUUCUAGUAUGAUAUAAUUACAUAAAGUUAAUUACCAGCAUGGGCAGAUAUAAAAAAAAAUAAAUGCAGAUAAAAAAGUUGGCUAAAAAGAUGUAACAUUAAUUAUGUGCAGGAAAUGAUGACCUGUGAGUACCAGCAUGAGGACAGUGCAGAAGGAGACAGCAGCUGUAAAACUGAGUGGCUGUGUUUGAAAGGGACAACAUUUAUAAUCUGUGGUAGAAUCUGGUGGUUUGGGGAUUUUAUGUCUGCUCUUAUUACAAAAUGACUGUCACAACAAGAGGAACAGGUAAAUUCUAUUACAGGAGAAUCUUUGGGUUCUUUACAAUAGGAAAAAAAAAAUGUACAUGUCAGUGAUGAUAUUGGCAAAGCCCAAAAUGAAUUUGAAGAUCUUGACAUACUGGAGAUUGGCAGAAGAAAAAUUUGUAUCCUUACUUCUACUGUGAUAUUGUGAUAUUGAAAAUGUGUGAAUCCUACAAAAUGCUUAAUGAUGUAUCUGUAAACACCAGCUCUGCCCACCAUACUGAAUGUAUUGCCUCACAUAAAGGUGUGUAGCAGAGACGGCUGAUAACAGGCUGGUAGUUGGAUUUAGGGCUCUCCUGGUUAGCGUGGCAUUUCGCAUCAGUUUGACUUGAAGUUCUGGGGAUCGAUGUCUUGUGUGUUUAGCACAGACAGCCUGCAGGAAUGCCUCGGGCUCAGAGCUGCUCUUUUACAAAGAAUUAUUCACUCAUCUGGAACUACAUGAUGCAACACGAUAUCAUCCCCAAUAAUAACUUCAUGUGUUAAAUGGUAGAUUUAUCAGCGUUUGUUAACGACUGUCCACUUUUUUCUCUCUUCUCCUUCCACUUCUGUCCUCUCUUCCUCUUUCUGUUUCCCCCUUUUCUUUUGCAGAGGAGGCAGAUUACUCGACUUUUGGUACCGACUCACUGACCAGGAAGAAGAACACAGUGCUUUCUGCAGUUCUUCUGCGACCUGACGCAGCCAGGAAAAAAGCACCAGUGAUCAUCAGCCUCCCUCGGGACUUCCGCCCCGUCUCCUCCAUCAUCGACGUAGACAUCCUGCCUGAGACACACCGACGUGUUCGCCUGUACAAGCAUGGACAGGAGAAACCUUUAGGCUUUUACAUCCGCGAUGGCUCCAGUGUACGGGUUACCCCACAGGGCCUGGAGAAGGUCCCGGGGAUUUUCAUCUCUCGUAUGGUUCCUGGUGGGCUGGCAGAGAGCACCGGCCUGUUGGCAGUCAAUGAUGAGGUGCUGGAGGUGAACGGUAUCGAGGUGGUUGGGAAAUCUCUCGACCAGGUGACGGACAUGAUGAUCGCCAACAGCCACAACCUCAUCAUCACUGUCAAGCCUGCAAACCAGCGGAACAAUGUUGUUCGCAGUGGAGGAGGAGGAGGAGGAGGAGGCACCGCAUCCGGCAGCUCAGGACGCUCUUCAGAUAGCGGUGCCAGCUACUACGGCUGUUCAUCACAAGGGGGGGUUGGUGCUGCUGCCUCCAUGCCUACACACAUCAUCCAGAACUUUCCUGUCGGAGAUCUGGACAGUGACGAAGACGAUGAAGAUCUGGUGAUCGACGCAAGAGGAGAAGCUGAGCCCAUUAGACGAGCCUCUUCUAAUUACAGUAUGCCGUCGCUGCCUCGCUAUGAGCCUCACCUCAACCUCCGUGCUGCCGCCAGCUCCACGUCUGCGCUCUCCAUCAAUGCCAAUGGCACCCUUCCGGCCAGUGGCAGCAGUGGAUCACUAAGCAACACCAACGCCACUUUGAGCACACCCUCGCCAGACAGAGCAACAGAGAGGCGGAGUCUGGAAGAGGACGGCACUGUCAUAACUCUAUAG